CCUGGUCUCGAGCUCGGAGGCAGACAGCGCACCACCCUCCUCCACCUCCACCUCCACCUCAGCCGCCGCUGCUUCCACCGCUGCUCGCUGGGGCGCCGACGACCUGGAGUUGCGGCUGUGGCUGUGGAUGCUGCCAGCCUGCCCGCCGGCACCCCCCGCUGCCGCUGCUGACAACAAUGUCCCCGACACUGCGGCCGCUACCGCUGCGGAGGAGGGGGAGGGCGGCAGCGGCGCCAGCCCCGUACGAGGGGAGGGAGGGGACCGUACGGCGGCUGCGGUACUGGGUUUCUUCGCGGAUGUGGUGGUGGGGGCCAGCCGCCGACCUCAGGACGGCUACGAGCUGACUCAGGCCUGGCUGCCGACCGGGGGCUCUGCGGCGGGCGGUGGUGGUGGGCAGGGAGGAGGAGCAGCAGCGGUCGGAGGGGGCCUCACGAGUCCGCUGCCUGUCCUAGCGCUGCGCAACUGCUUGCGGCUGCUGCGGUCGAAGAGG